AUGACCGCCGACCGUGUCUACCCCCUUGCUCGGCCCAAGGGCCACAAGCCGCCGAUGGAAAGAUGGAAGCUCGAAUUCCCAGAGAGCCAGGCCCAGAUACAUACCGCAUAUAUAGGCGUACAGCGACACGACUCGAGUUCUAGCACGAGUACCUCGUUCCAGGACUCCAUCGAGGCUAUACAGACUUGGCUGGACACAAUCGACCUUCAUGAGCGUCCCGCUGUCGAGAAAUUCGAGUUCCUCGAAGGAGAUGACGAGCCUGAGUCCGUAGUUUGGGUGUGUUAUUGGCCGGACUCACUUGUGUACGAGAACUGCAUCCAACAGCUUCGUUUGGCGGAUAUAUACAACAGCAUCGAACGACCCAAAGCCGUAGGACUCUGGCUCGAGCAGUUCACGACGCAGGUAUCACGCCUGGAAACAAACUAUUCUGGCCUCGACUACCUUCCUGGUCUGGCGAAGCUCCCUGGAAGCAAGCCCGUCGAGCAUACGUUGACAGCAUACUGGGGCGCUGCUCGAGAUCGGAUUCCGGAUUCAGGGCAUGAUCUCUUCUCGCGGCAGAACGAUGAGGUGAUGGCGCCUCCUGUGAAAAUCCCAGCAGGGCUAGGACAGCAUCUCUCUGGAAGCAAUGCAUACGACAAUCUCGUGCACAUUCGCUCCGGCCAGUUCUGGGAAAACUGCUCAGAAACUGAAUCGUUCGCCUACGAGAACACACUCCAACCAACCCUCCACGCCGGCCUCCGCUACCUUUGGGAGAACCGCACCGACUCAGGCGCAAUGGGCCUGCGAUUCCUCCGAAACUUGCACACCAACAACCCAGGUGCUCAUCUCAAUUCCUCCGGAAACGGAGCCCCAGAACCAGAACCAGAACCUCAACGCGAGCCAGCAAAAGAAACCUGCGCAGCCGGCUUCUUCCGCAACCUCUCGGACCUCGAGAAAUGGGCAAAGCGCCACCCCUCGCACCUGGCCAUCUUCAACGGCGCCAUCGCGCACGCGAGAACAUUCGGCGAGAAUCGCAAGUUCCGGACUUGGCACGAGGUCUCGAUUCUCAGGCGCGGAGAGGCGAGCUUUGAAUAUGUCAAUUGUCUUCCGAGGACCGGCGUAAUCUCCUACUUGCAGCUUGAUAGGCGGGAUUUGUAG